CUGACCAGUUUAGCCCAUGGACUGUUGAUAAUUUGCAGCUUUUACAAUUAGGGUUAGGGCUUUGACGUUCCGGAUCGAGCUUGCACGUGCUUUCUUUUUUCUCCAAAAGCUUGGAAGCUUUUACGGGCUCGAAGCUAAAUAAAUACAUCAUCAUUCUUCAACUUCAUAUUAACGAUAUCUUACCCCAACGCAGGCGAGACCCAGAAGAUGAUUAUUUAGGACCCUCUGCCAAUAAUGGCUGCCGUCGCCGCCCCACCCACCAAGAAGCGGUGCCUCGAAGAUGAUGAGGAUACCCCUUCUCCCGAGCUGGGAUCCCAGCCAAAAAGAUCCAAGCUCCAGGUAGAUUCUACAAGCUGUAGUUCCGCGAGCGAUAGCUCGAGCAGCGAAUCUAGCUACGACAGCGACAGUUGCAGUGACCGGGGUGACGAUGCGCCUGUACCUCGACCAUUAACGCAUCGUUAUCGCGCACCCAAGGAGCAACUAGACGAUGACGAGACAUCCUCGAGCGGUGAAUCUGAAUCGUCAAUGUCCUGUUCCUCUUCCUCUUCAUCAUCAUCGUCGUCCGGCAGCGAGUCGGAAUUAGAACGCAACCACACUCCUACCGUAUCUAACGCUAGCGACGUCGUUUCCAUCCCACACCUCCGACCGCACUCCAAACCGUCAAUACGACUUCAUAGUUCCACGCUACGAAAUCGACUGGCUUCCUUCCUUCCCGAAUUGAGAGCUGCAAAUGAAAAUUUAGAACAAGAGAUAGCUGCCGGAAAUGUAGCUGGCGUGGAGCUUGAUGAUAGUGGCGAGACUGAAGUUGACGGGCAAUAUAUUGAAAUGAACCUUGGCCUGGGCGUGCUAGAAGAACAAAGCGAUGCCGCUGAUUCUGAUACAAGCACGGACAACGAAAGCGCCAUAUCCCACGAUGAAGACGAGAGCACAAAAUCUGCGAGUACCUCGCAACCAAAACCACGCAAUAAUACCAAUGUAAUGAACAAGCUCAUGGGGAAGAAACCCGAAAUCAAACGACCAACCAUAGAAGAGAUCACGCCCUGAAUAUAUCCUCCUACGCUUACCUUCACGGACGGAACCCUUCUAUGGUCUGUUCGCAUCGAUAUCUAGCAUGUACUAUAUUUUGGCGCUUUUUUAUAUAUUUUUCUCUUCUUCUUGACCUAAGGUUGUAGACGGGACAACCAUAUACGCGUAAAUAUUUCUGUUAUUUUAAGUUACUGUUAAACUCGGAUUUCCUUUUAUACCCCUUGUUUUCUAAUGUCCGACGACAUGUUUUGCAGUCUAGACUCUAAUUAUUAUUUCUUGAACACGUUCUGUCUCACGAUUGAUGUACGUAUACCUUUUAACGGACCUCCACCUUCUCAAAACGUGGGCAAUUUAUUCUAUCAAUGGAUGGUAUUUUUUCUGGUCAUUGGCCGCAAACCCCCAUGUGCGCUUCUCGAAUCGAUUCUACUAUUCAUAUUGACAGUGGUCUGAUUCAAUCGCUGUUUUGAAUUAGGCUCUACAACCCCCGAGUCGACUCUCCUAGCAUCGGAUAUUGGAUAUCACUGCUGAAAAACGUCGAUGAACCUAAUGGAUAGUGUUGCGUGGAACUCGAAAGGGCCACUUCCUGCAAGCUACAGGUGAAAAAUAAAUGGGCAAAAAUGAACACUUCGAGGUUUUAGCUCUUUCUUCCACGAGAAAUAAAACAUACAUAUGAUAAUAAGAAAAAUCUCCCCGACAGGGAAUCGAACCCUGGUCUCCCGCGCUCGUCAGUCGUGAGACAGAAUGACAAGCGGAAAUCAUCACCACUAGACCAUCGAGGAUUGAUUG